CGGUAGCGACGCGCGCGUUUCUCGACGUAAUAACCACCGCUGACGAAUACGGGGUUGAUAUGUGUGAGCGCGGCGACGGCGCUCGCGUUGACUCCCGGACGAUCGUGAGGAAUACUCGCGGGGGAAGUGGUCGACGACGACGGCGACAGUAGCGGCGGCGGCGGCAGCAGCGGUGGUGGAGUGAGCGAUUUCGGGAAAUUUUUUAAUGCCGCGCGACACCGCCGGCUCCGGGAGGAGGGAGAGGCCGAGAGCAGCGAGGAGGACAGGGAGACGGUGAAAGUGAGCUUCGGCGGUGGCGGUGGCAGAGGUGGUGGUGGUGGUGGCGACGGCGACAGUGGCGGUGCAUAACCUAAAAAUAAGUCCUCUCCCUGUCUGCUCGUCCGUAACUGCGCGCGAUCGUCGUUGUUGCCGACGUCGUCGUCGUCAUCGUCGUCGUCGUCGUCGUCGUCGUCGUCAUCGUCGACGACGUCCGCGGUGUAUUGUAGCGCGCGGGGAUUAUCGUGGCCGUGCGAUACGCCGCGCUGCUUUCGCCCGCACGCACGCGGCGUACUCGCCGUACCCGCGCUCACUCCUCUCCAGGCAUGCCUUGUGCGCCCGACAUGACAGCGCCGACGUCGCCGACGUGUUCGCAAAGCGAAUGACUUCGCAAAACGACCGGCUGCAGCUGCAGGAAGCGGGCAUGGAGACCUGCUACGAGGCGGGGGAGCACGCCGUUUCCGACAGCACGGUGCCGCGGAAGUCCUGGUCCGAGCUCAGAGCCGUCGUCAGCGAUCUCCGAAGGAAGCUAUCCGGAGUGUCCGCGGGUUCUGUGCCCGGCUCCAUAACUUUUCGAUCUCUUCCGGACGGCCGGACUAGAAUCUAUUUUCUUAGCACCCCCAGCAACGGUUGGGAGACCACUCUUCUGUAUGUAGACAUCGCACACGCGGAUCACGCCAACGGUUACCGUCUGCAUUGGCAGCCCGUUAUAGAAGCUAAUUUUCAGAGUGUAUCGAGCACGAAUAGAUUGUCCAGGGAGGAGCAACUGUUAUGGGAGAGAAAGAGACUCGCUACCUGGGGUAUAACCAGCUACGAGAUGCACGCGGAGAGUGGAAAACUAGUCUUUCCGGCUGCUAGCAGUCUCUACCAAUGCGUGGACACCGGAUUCAUGCCUGGACCUCUUUUCCCUUCUGAGAUCAGAAUGUCGAACACCGGGGCGAAACUAUGUCCUCAAAUAUGCCCCUGGAACAACGAUCUGGUCGCUCACACAUGUUCCGGAGAUUUGUACUUGUCGCAUAGUAUCACAGGCUCUUCUGUCCGGUUAACACACGCUAGAAAAGGCGGCAGAAGUCUCAUGGACGACCCGCUCACCGCUGGUACUCCUUCCUAUGUCAUGCAGGAAGAAUUUACAAGGUACAUCGGUUAUUGGUGGCAACCCAAGUCUAACGACGGUAUUUACCGAAUCGUAUAUGAGGAAGUGGACGAGAGUGACGUGAAGAUUUAUUGCUUCCCGUCCUCAUCCAAUACUGACGAAGUGGACGAAUUCAGGUUUCCCAGGGCAGGUAUGCCGAACGCCAGGAGUAACUUGAAGAUGGUUCAAUUCCGGUUGACGGAAUUGCUACAGAUUGUCGAUAUCGAGAUAUUGGAGUUACAGUAUCCGCUUCACAUCAUGUUCCCUUGGAUGGAGUACAUGGUGAGAGUUGGAUGGACUCCUGACGCGCAAUACGUCUGGGUACAAUUGCUGGACAGGAAGCAACAAAAACUCGAAUUGGUGCUGCUGUCGAUAGACAACUUUUGCGAACCACCGCCGAACAUGUACAACUCUGAGAACCACUUUACGCCAACGUCGGCAAACGUUCAAGUAAUAUAUUCAGAACAGAGUUCGGUGUGGAUCAACGUGAACGACUUGCUGUACUUCCUGAAGUCCGAUGACACGAACGAAGUGAAAUUUAUAUGGGGCAGCGAGGAGUCCGAGUUCCGACACUUGUAUCUUAUCACAUCCAGCAUAGCAGGACUAAGCGUAGGGGUGGAGGAACCUCUGGACAGAAUGGACAGUAUAUUCCUCCGACCACGUAUCACUUCCAAAAUAGCAUUGACUCAAGGCGACUGGGAAGUCCUGGGUAAGAAGAUAUGGGUCGACGAGGUGAAUUCUAUCGUGUACUUUUGCGGUUUACGCGAGGGACCGUUGGAGCAACAUGUUUACGCCGUGUCUUUGCGACGACCGUUGGAGAUACGACUCUUGACGAGACCUGGCUACAGUUACAACAGUAUAUAUUUUAAUAAGGAAUGCACUAUGCUGGUUACUGUUUAUAGUUCCAUUAAAACGCUGCCUACUUGUCAAGUAUUUAAGAUCUCGCAAACCGACUGGACGGUCGAGAGUAUAUCGCUCACGCCCGUUGGCUACCUCUUAGAACCAUCCGCGCCCGAGUCUGAGCUGUUCGCGCCAGAGAUCUUCACGCAUAAGAUCAAAUCCGGCGACACCAUUUACUCAAUGAUAUUCAAGCCUCAUAAUUUUCAGCCUGACGUAAAGUAUCCCACGAUACUGAACGUCUACGGGGGACCCGAAGUACAACUUGUAUCAAAUACGUUUAAGGGUUUAAGACACUUACGCAUGCACAUGCUAGCUGCUCAAGGUUAUUGUGUAGUUCUCAUCGAUUCUCGCGGAUCUCAGCAUAGAGGUCUGAUAUUCGAGAGCCACUUGCGACGUAGAAUGGGAACGGUCGAAUUGAACGAUCAAGUCGAAGUGUUGAGGUGGCUGGCGGAAACUACCGGCUACAUAGACUUAAAUCGCGUGGCUCUGCAUGGCUGGUCUUACGGAGGAUACUUGAGUCUGAUGGGUUUGAUACAAUACCCCGAUGUAUUCAAGUUAGCAAUCGCCGGCGCCCCAGUUACCUCGUGGAACUUUUACGAUACUGGAUACACUGAACGUUACAUGGAUCUACCACAGAACAAUCCUCAUGGCUACAUGUCUGGCUCGAUUCUGACGUACGUGAGCAAAUUCCCCGAUGAGGAGAAUCGAUUGUUGAUCAUUCAUGGGCUUAUAGACGAGAACGUCCAUUUUUAUCACACCAGCCAGUUGAUUAAUGCCCUCGUGAAGAUUGGUAAACCGUACCAAUUGCAGGUUUAUCCUAAUGAGAGGCAUAGUCUGAGGAGUCUAGAUGCCAGCAAACAUUAUGAGACAACUCUGUUGUCCUUUCUACAGAAUCAUUUAUAAAUCAACACUACUUGUUGUCUUGUUUCUAUCCCUUCUUCUCUCUUGUGCACCGUUAGGUAGUUCAAUGGUGAGAGAAACGUUCGUCCAGGCAAGAUUUUCAAAAUUUCAGUGACUGCCAUUUGCUUUUAUACACGAAAAACUUGAGGAAAGAAACUAAAUCUGAUGUGUCCUUUUAUUGUCUGCAACUAUCGGAGAUCGAUACUAUUCUUCUUUUUUUUUUUUACGAAAAGAUACAUCCUGAUCGAAACUUUUUGUAUGGUGUUACAUUUUUAAUACAUCGUAAUCGCGCUAGUGCGUACAGAUUUCAAACACGCAUCGCGAUAUCAAUACAAACAUGUCAGAAUUCCAUACUUAUGGAAACUGAUUUGCCUUUCUAAUAAGGGAUUUACAUAAAUUAUAUAUAGACGCGCUGAAUAGAUAUCUAUAGACUAUCUUCAAUGGAAUUACAGAAGGUGUCACGGAACGCGUAAUAAGUACAUUUGAAACAGCCUUUUUAAUCAGCUAUUGUUGAAAUGCUCACGAGCGUAGUGAAUAUUCGUUAUACGUGACUAUUUUUUAAGAAAACAGACAAUACUCAAUUUAUUGACAAUAGUUAAUCAGAAAGACUACUUCAGAUGCGUUUCUGUUCCGCGAUCGUUUCGCAAUAUGUGUUGAACCGUUGGACAUCCCGACUGUGACCAUGUAUAUAUAAUAACUGCACGUAGUUAUACAUUCAUCUUUCUACGAUGAGUGAGGAUCUACGUUUCAGCGAGAAAAAAGUAUUUGCGUUCUUCAAUGUUAUGAAACAAUCGUAUAUCCGAUGGAUAAUUAUUUCUCAAUAAAACAAAUUCAUUAUUUUAUA